CCCCAUUGCACGGCAUCUGCAACGGGAACGCUUAAAGCUUCACAAACUAAGCGGAGUAGCUUCUAAAAAUACAGCAACCAAUAGUCAACAUACAGUCUAUAAUCAGAGUUGGUCAUCAGUGCCCUUGUGUGUCUUGGGAAAAACACAAGUGCAUUUUAUAAGUAAUUGUUUGCCUGUAUGCGGUUAACUUUUUUUUUCCAGGGGACUACUCAUGAAUUAAGCUAGAUACCACACAUCACUAGGAUCAAUUAACUCUUUUUUUAUACAAUUCCACAGCAAGCCUAACAGAGAUACUUAACUGCACGAUACUUACUAAUAGGAGAGACUAAGGCUCUAUCGUCAUUUCCUGUCUAAACAUCGGAUAAUUUCGUUGAAAUAUGUGACGGGUUAGUUGUUGAUUUGCCAGUAGUAAGAACCGGGAUUUUUAAUUUGUGGAAGAAACCAAACUGAAGGGAAAACACAAUGAGUAAGCAGAAGCAAGAUGGGAGUAAACGUUUCUCAUGUGUCUUCUGUCGCCUGAGUGAUGACUGCCCAGACAAAUAUGGUGAAAAGAUGAUUUUUGAAGAGUAUAAGCUCACUCUUCAUUAUUGUUGCUUGUUCAUGGCAAGUGGUAUUUGGCAAAGGGGAAAUGAAGAUGAAGGAAUUUAUGGAUUCUUAGUAGAAGACAUCAGAAAGGAAGUCUCUAGAGCGCUUAGACUGACUUGUAAAAUCUGUAAAAAGACUGGAGCUACAAUAGGAUGCUCAGGAAAAAAAUGUAGGAGGACCUACCAUUUCCCUUGUGGACUGGAAAAGCAGUGCAUAUUCCAGUAUACAGAUCCUUUUGCAUCUUACUGCUGGGAACACCGUCCAGUUCAGAAAGCUGCAAAACGUAGGAGAGGCAGUGGACCAGCUCUUUGUACGAUAUGCUUGGAACAUGUUGAUACCAUCCCUUCCUUUAGUAUAUUAAAAAGUCCAUGUUGUAAAAAUACUUGGUUUCAUAGAGACUGCCUACAGACUCAAGCUCUGAGUGCUGGGAUGUUUUUCUUCCGUUGCACUGUAUGUAACAACAAAGACCUAUUUCAGAAUGAGAUGCUAAGAAUGGGAAUCCAUAUACCAGAAAGAGAUGCAUCCUGGGAGCUAGAAGAAAAUGCAUAUCAAGAUCUUUUAGAAUCUCACCAACGCUGUGAAGUUAGAAGAUGUCAGUGUGACAAAGGAAGAGAGUAUAAUGAGCCUGGAAGUCAAUGGGAAAUUAAGCGUUGCCAGUCUUGUGGUUCAAAUGCCACGCAUUUUGCAUGCUCGUUGAUAAAUCGGUGGUGUGAAACCUGGGAGUGUAAUUUAUGUCGGGAUAUAAUUUGCCAUUCAGGCAGUUUACAAAGAUUACACUCCAUGUCCCCUUUUCAUUCAGAAACAAAGAAAAAUUCAAAGCUUGAAGUUCCCUUUUCGCCUUUCAUGCACCCUAGAUUAUCUGGAUCAGACUGUAGUUUUAGCAGGAAACUUAUUUUGGACAGAUCAGCAGCUGAUAUACUGCAGGAACUUGGAUCUCAGAUUGAAGUAUAUCAGGUUUCAAGGUUCAAUGUCGGACUAGACGAUGUGUGGGAUGGAGCCCUGGAAGGUUUUAAGAACCAAGAUUUCAGCCCUGCCAAAAAAAUCUGUGUUUCAUUUUCUUCUGGGAUUGAUAGCGAAAGUGAAGCAGAUAACUGGUGUCCUACACGUAAAUUCUUGAAACUGUUGUGGAAUCAUCUCAAGAAUUCUUCAUUAUUCGAAGGUUCUCCACAAUCAAAAAAUCUGACCUUUGAUCCCCAAGCCUCAAGUGAAGAUUUGUAUUAUGAAGCUGGAAGGAUGAUAGCAGUUUCAUUAGUGCACGGUGGCCCAUCACCAAACUGCUUUUCAAAAACGCUGUUCCACUGCUUAGUGAUUGGGCCAGAAAAGGCAGAACCAACACUGGAAGAUGUUGCAGACUUUACUGUGGUACAGAAGAUCAGAAAGAUUGCAGAGGCAGAAACUUUAGAAGACCUGAAGGCAGCUGUCCGUGACUGCUCUGCGUACCUUUCUGUUACUAAAAACUUAAGUUUUCACAGUAUUGAAGACAAAAAGCAGUUGGAAAUGGAUAUGAUCAGAUUCUAUGUAAUUCGUAGAGUACAUUCAUCAUUUAUAAGAUUUCAAGAAGGUCUCAAGACUCUAGGUGUGUUGGAGAAAAUACAGCUGUAUCCAGAUGUUUUCCGUGAUGUACUUUGUUACAAAUCUCAAGAACUUACACAUGAAACACUUUGCAGUCUUUUCAAAAUCAAAUCUCUAUCCGAAGAUUGGAAAAAACUAGAAGACGAGGUUAAUGCUACUGAGUUUUGGAAUGAAUACUUAAGGGACACAGAUGCUGGCCUCACAAACGCGUCUUUGGAAUCAAUACUGUUGUUUGCUACUGGUGCUGACUUUAUUCCAGCCAUUGGUUUUAAUCCUGAACCUUCUGUAGUAUUUGUCCCUCAAAGUGAAGAACAGAGCUCACAGAAAACAAAGCUUCCACAGAACAAAAUGGUUCAGAACUGUUUAAAGCUUCCAGUUUUCAAUACAUACAGACAAUUCAGAAAGCACAUGGAUACUUUGAUGUUUGGUCUCAUGAAAUAGAAUGUGGCAGAGCUUUUUCUGUGUGUUGUUGCAGAAAUGUAUUUGAGGACAUUUAUUGACAUUACUUUUAUUUCAGAGGUUUGUUAGCUAAGAAAAUUAAAUACAAGACAGCAUUUAAUACAUUGAGCUGAUGUUAGAAAAAAAGAGUAAAACGACUGUUAAGUAUAUGAAAGUCACUGUUUUAAAGUGAUUUGUACAGCAAGCUGUUGGAAGAUUUCUGGAAGACAAUGCUCAUGCUGCUACUUUGAAAAUAGGGAUAUACUCCACUAUUAAUGCUAAAAAUGUAGCUGUAUAAUGAUUUUGAAGCUCUACCAGAAAUUUGUUUAUACAGGUCACACUGUUCCAUGUAUCAGAAUCUCCAGUAUGCUUAAGAUUCAUUUGAAAGAAGUAGCUUUUAAUAACUGACAUUUUAUUUAGUUAGUUCUCUCUUAACUUUAUUCCGGUUGACACUUUUUAAGGUUUGCAUGACAAGUAAAUAUGUAAUGCAUAAUUAUGGGAUAGUUGCAAUAUAGAGCAUUUUAUAAGAUGAUUCAGUUCCAACUUCUGCUUUGAGAAAUCAGUCUCUCUCCAUAUUUAUGCAUUUCUGAAAAAAUAUAAAUGUAUGUUUUUUGUUAUUAGAUUUAAAGGAAAAUAUUCUUCGUCUUU